CUACGAUUCCCAGCAUACCCUGCUCCCUCCCCUUCCCUCCCCUUCUGGGUUGCAGCUCCUGGAUGGGUAGCUGUGCAAGGAGGCAGCGAGUCUGAUGUGUGUGUUUAGAAAUGAAAUAUACACAUCUACAUGAAGAACGCUGCGCUUAAAUUAAUCCAUUGGUGUUACAGACAGAGAAGCGAGUCACGGCUCUUACAAUGUCAGGGGACAUGGAGCAACUAAAACAUCAGCUACUGGUGUCUCAGUUUGUCUUGACUGCUGGAUGCGCAACUGACCAGGCGGAGCAACUUCUGCGUGCAGCUCACUGGCAAUAUGAGACAGCACUCAGUGCCUUCUUCCAGGAGACCAACCAUCCCUACAUCCCUCACCACCAGAUGAUGGGAACUCCUGCCAAUACUCCGGCCACCCCCCCAAACUUCCCGGAUGCCUUGGCCAUGUUUUCCAGACUGAAGGCCUCAGAAAGUGGCUACCUCUCCUCAUUGGCUACGUCGCCUCCUCUUCAGCAAACUGGUGCCAGCGGUCACUUCUCCCAGGAUCCUCAAGGGCAGCAGAUAAGCACAGUGCUGCCUAGUUCUGGGGUGAUGUAUUGUUCUCACCAAGGCAGUGGCACGGACCAUAACCCUACUGCAGAGGCAGAGAGAUGAGGAGUGUCACCGAAGGGGGAGGAAACAGGGUAGCGCAUAGACUUUAAUUGAAGGAUUAAACUUCCAAAGUUCUGCAGAGUAUUUCUCCAUUGAGUCUGCAGAGUAUCUCACAAUAGCAAUAAAACAAUGGCAGAGAUUUAUUCUGCAGGUUUUUCUCCUUAUUACCUCACACUUCUGCAGACCAUAGCACCUAUGAUCAGUGGUCCCCUUUAAGAGUAUUGAUCGCACACUAACGUGCGCUACAUGCCUGCUUGCAGAGUGUUGCAUCUUUCAGCAGUACCUCAUGACGUUCUGUGUUCUGACACAGGCCUACCCAGACCUCACAACAUCUUAAAUAGUUCUGCUCUACUGAUAUCCCUGAUGUCUUUUAACACUGAGAUACGCAAUCACACUGUAAAUGUCUCUACUGGUUUUUAACAUCAGCACAAAUAAAUAUUGUGGACUGUAACGUUUUUACACAGCACAACCAUA